AACAAGGAGUCAGUGGCAGCUCCCACCAGUCAGGGCGCUCCUCAGGAAAGCCCAGAACCUGGCUGAUGGGGCUACUGGAUUCUGGAGAUCCAGACAAACACACACGUGCAUACACGUAAGUUUGCAGGCAAAUUCCGAGUGUCCUUAGUCCCUCUGGCUUUGCCGGGGGAGAAUGCACCCCACUUCCCUCUGGUUCCAGCUCCCAUUUCAACUCUGGACUUCGUACCUGUCACCGGAAAUUCACUUGUUUACUGGGGCCACUAGCCCGAGCAGCUGUCUGCUGAGGUGUCUGCCCCUUCUAGGGUCCCUUUCCUGUGUCCUAGCUGUGGCACCCCCAGCUCUGGGAGUGGGGGUGAGGCGUACACUCAUAAAGUUCCUGGCAACGGCUUGGGAAGAUGUAGCAAGAGUCCUCUCGGUGGGACAGGCUGCUGAUCGAUGCCCCGCCCCUCCCCACCUGCACUCGGCCCCGCCCACCCGCUGCCACCCCUGCCUGGCUACUCUGCUGCCAGGGACUCCCUGGAGUUGGGUGCUCCUCCUGCAGACACUCACCAGCCCUAUCUGCUGCUCCUCCAGGACUGGUAUCUAGGGGGUUUCCUUGGAGCCUGGGCUCUUUCUAGCCAAGGCCAAGUUUCACCAGUGUCAUCAAGCCCCUCCAUGAAUGGGACAAACCAAACCAUUGUGGGGCCCUCGGAGCUCCCCACGGCAUCAGCCAUAGUCCCUGGACCAGGCACUGGGGCCCGGGCAUGGCCAGUGCUGGUAGGUGUUGUGCUGGGGGCUGUGGUCCUCUCUUUCCUUAUCGCACUUGCUGCCAAAUGCCACCUCUGCCGCCGAUACUAUGCCAGCUAUAGGCACCGCCCACUGCCUGAGACAGGGAGGGGGAACCAUCCAGAGUUGGUUGAAGAUGAGGAUGAUGGCUUCAUCGAGGACAAUUACAUUCAGCCUGGAGCUGGCGAGCUGGGGACAGAGGGUAGCAGGGACCACUUCUCCUUCUGAGCCCCAAUUUUUGGGCACUGCCCCCUUCCUCCAUGAGUGAUAGCUAAGAACAGAGGCUACUAUGUGGCCUUUGAGAGGCCUUGACCCUCAGGAACAGAGGCAGUGAGGGCUUAAAGUUUGACCAAGGGAAGAUCAUUCUCCCUUCUCUGAUAUUAGCCACCAAAGUGACAAUGACCCCUCUCUUGCUGUGUAACUCUCAAUGGCUCCUGUUGUUUUCAGAAUAAAGCCUAACAAAUACUUAGCUUGAGUAUGGGAAAAGACCUCCUCUGAUUCACUUCUGGGACUCUUGAUCUCCUUUCUUGCCACUCCCUAUGUAACUAAAUGUUUGCUAUCCCCAUGCCCCACCCCAUGCAGUUUUUCCAUGCCCUUCUGCUUGGUAAUCCUCUGCCUAAAUCCUCUACGAUAGUGAUGAAAACUGUAGUCAGUAGGUUCCAUGUGGCCUACCUACCCGCCAGCAUUUCAAAUGUGCCCAGAUAACAUGUGAGCUGGUGAAAAACAGCGCUAAGCCUCUUAAUAACAUUUUUCCUAUCAAUAAAGUAGAUAUUCUGGUUAUAAUAUAUUAUGUUUUUCACAGGGAUUAAUAAAUGUCAUUUUGAAUGAAAAAUCAUAGCCCAUUUUUAUUUUUCCUGAACUAGUACUUAAGACUCAUAGCUGGAAGACACUGCUCAGACACCUUCUUCUCCAGGACUCCUUCCAUGAGCUUGCCCUCUACUGGAGCCCUUUGAGUGUAUCUGACACUGUUCUGGACAUGCUUUUAUUUUAAUCUUUAUCACAAUUUUCAC